AUGUCCACCGUCAAGGCCCUCAUUCUCGACCCCACAACCAGUGAGGUCACUCUUCGCAACAUCCCGAAGCCCACACCGGCCACUGGCGAGGUCCUCAUCCGCGUCCGUGCCAUCGCUCUUAACCCCGUGGACGGCCUCUUCAUCGCCCACCCCAUUGCCACUUCUGACCGCGUUAUCGGCCUCGACUUUGCCGGCGUCGUCGAAGGCGCUGCAUCAGACCUCGAGACCUCGACCGACAAGCGCACACAAACGGGUGCCCGUGUCGCCGGCUUUCUCCAAGGGGCCUGCUCGGGCAACUUCCGCCCCGGCGCGUUUGCAGAGUACAUUACGGCGCCUUACGACUUGAUCUGGAGCGUUCCCGAUGACAUGCCUCUGGAAAACGCGUCAGCCGUGAGCAUGUGCGGCCUGACCGCCGCCCAAGGCGUGUUCUACCGCAUGGGCUUGCCGGCUCCCUUCGCGGACACUGCCAGCGCCACCUCAAGCCAGCAAGCUGAGCCCAUCAACGUCCUCGUGUAUGGCUCGUCGUCCUCGCUAGGCCAGUACGCUGCGCAAAUGGUCAACAUGGCCGAGAAGACUUCGGGACGCAAGAUCCGCCUCAUUGGCGCGGCGUCAAGGGCCAAGCACGCGUUCCUCUCGGCCGCGCCUUUCAACUACGACGUCCUCGUCGACUAUCGCGAUGCCGACUGGCCCGAGCAGGUCAGGAAGGCCACGGAGGGUGCUGGUGUCCAGUACGCUGUAGACUCGAUCGCUGAGGGCAACACACCCGCGCUCGUCGAGUCGACGCUGUCGGAAGACGGCAAGUUCGUCACUUUCGUACCCCACAGCCCCGACGACUAUGACGCUUCUAAGCUCCGUAUCCAGCCGGUAUACGGUGCUGUGUGGGAGGGGCUCGGCGAGAUGGUCACCUUCCGCCCUGGUAUGGUCUUCCCGGCUGACCUCAAGGCUCGGGCCUUCGCAGCCAGCUUCUUCGACUAUCUCGGCAGCGGUGGCGUAAAGGUCGUGCCCAACCCCAUCCGCCUCAUGCCAGGCGGACUCGAGAAUGUUGUUGCCGACGGUCUCGCGCUUGUUUCCCACGCCAAAGUAUCGCAGCGCAAGGUUCAAGACCGCACUGAAGAGUACAUGCGUCCCAUUAGCGGCGAGAAGAUUGUCUACACGAUCGCCUAA